UAUCAUGAGGAACUUAUCACGCUUACAACCAGAAACUGCAAAAUGUGCAUCCAUUUCUUUUUCCUUUCUGAACACAUCAAUUAUUAUUCUUUCAUCAGACCCAUGCCCUGCAUAUGUUAUAUAAUGUAAAGCAGUUAAAUUUAUUUCUGGGUUUUGUUCAUAACUGGUCAAACUCUAAUGGGUCGGAGGCAGAUUGACUCUAAACCAAAGCGUUGGGUCACACUGAUCUAUUUGUUGAUGGGUCUGUUUUCUUGCUGGUUUGUGUACAUGUUGUUUUCUGUGAUGUUGAGACCCAAUGAAGGCAGCAAAUUGUCAUUGGGUCUGGAAGAAAGUGAUGGUGGGUGUUGUAGAGGGAUUGAAGGUUUUGAGUUGUGGGGUUCUGCUGUGAAAUGGGGUUCAGAUUUUAAGUUUAAUUUGUCUGUUGAGUGUUGUAAUGCUUGUAAGGAGAUGUGUAAUGGGAAAGAUGGGCCUUGUUUGUGUGAUUCUUGGGUGUUUUGUGGUAAUGUUGAGCGUUGUGGGUCGAAAUUCGGUGAGUGUUGGCUGAAGAAACAAAAGGAUCCUUUGGCUCCUGAUUGGCAAGAAGCCGGAGACAACACGAUUUGGACUUCUGGUCUUGUUUUUGGAAAAAGCGAGGCCAUCGUGAAGAUGGAAACGAAAUAUGGCACCCUUCACAUAAAAGUAAGCGGAACCUUAAAACCUAUGCAAAUUCUGCAUAUCAUGUGCAUGACUUUGACUUUGACUUUUGAGCUUCUCCCUGAAUGUGCCCCACGUUCAGUCAUGUACAUUCUUGAGUUGUUGGCCGUUCGUCAUUGUGUCGGUUGCCAGUUCUAUCGGGCAGAAGGCCGUGGUCAAUCGUGGGAUACAAAAGGAAAUCACUUGAACUUGGCUUCUUUUGGACCUCCAUUUGCUUUGAUUCAAGGAACACUCGAAGCUGAAGGCGUUGCAUUUAAGAAAAUACCAUUGGAAAAAUGUCCAAUCAUCCAAAGGGGCUCGGUUGCAUGGAUUGGUUCGGGCCCUGAGUUCUUUAUCAGCCUUGCGAAUCACGAAGAGUGGAAAAAAACAUACACGGUUUUUGGAUAUGUUCUUCCUGAAGACAUGGAAAUUGCAGAGAAAAUUGCUACUCUUCCCACAGUACCAGAUGUUUGGAACAACAUUAAUGUGUCGGUUCUGGAAAAACGAGUGUCGUUUCUGUUUCGAAGGAUUAACAAAGUAACGAAGUAGAUCGACAUAGGUUCGUUCCAGUCUAUAAACGAGCCUUGUUUGAAAGGAAAUAGCGUAAUUAUAAGAAAAUGAGUUAUAUCACUAGUACUAUACACUUGCAAAUUUACAAACCAACUAAACUAAAUGUUGACUGAGACUUUGACUUU